UGUACUUUUGUUUUUUUUGAUCAGCCCACAAAAUGUACUUUUGCAGUGAAUUUUUUGGGGCGCAAAGUUGCCAACAUCCUCAACCUCCGAAAACACGAGUGGCCCGGAACACAACCAGCCCGCGCCCGACUCUGCCGUAUCCGCUGGGCGAUGGCUUGUUCGACUUGGCUUCUCCCCAUCCCCUUCUUCAUCUCUCGCCGGACACCCACUCUUCACUCCAACCUCCGCCGCUUCCACCGCCUCAUCUCCCCCCCGCGCCGGCUGCAACCUCCGCCAAUGGAGGUCCGCGCUCAGGCCAGGAGAUUAUUCGCCUUUGAAAAAGAAGACGAAGUAGCUUCACCUGCUGAUCUGAGCUUCCAGGCACCUCUCAAAAUUGUGGAAUAUCCAGACCCUAUACUGAGAUCCAAGAAUAAGCGAAUCGUCACAUUUGAUGAUAAUUUGAAGAAGUUAGUCGAGGAAAUGUUCGAUGUAAUGUACAAGACUGAUGGUAUUGGCCUCUCAGCACCCCAAGUUGGAAUUAAUGUCCAACUUAUGGUGUUCAAUCCAGUUGGAGAGUGCGGUGAAGGCAAGGAGAUUGUUCUUGUAAAUCCUAGAGUUGUCAAAUAUUCAAAAAAGAGGGUGAUCUUUAACGAAGGGUGCUUAUCCUUUCCGGAGAUCUAUGCAGAUGUGGAGAGACCAGAAUCAGUAAAGAUUGAUGCAAAGGAUGUUACUGGUACCAGAUUUGUUUAUAGCUUUUCGGAGCUUCCUGCGCGUGUGUUUCAGCAUGAAUUUGAUCAUUUGCAGGGAGUUCUCUUCUUUGAUAGGAUGACGGAAGAUGUUCUUGACGGUAUCCGUUCAGAACUAGAGGCAUUGGAAAAGAAGUAUGAAGACAAGACCGGAAAGCCAAGCCCGGAAAAGAUAGUUACGAGACAGGGAAGGAAAGCGGCGGCUGCCGGUUCUAGAAAAUCACAAACUCAUAAAAAAAAGGCUUCCGGGGUCGCAGGUCUCGUACACAAAGAGUAGUCACCGUCACACUAUGCCUUGUUUGAUCGCGCCCAGAAUUUACUGAAACAGAAACACAGAUUGAAGACAAAUUGAGGGAGCAAUGUAUUUAUAGCUAACAAUACUUUUUAAGCAUUGUAAGACAUUGUUUGGAGUUCCCUUCAAAUCCUCAUUGGGUCACGGUCAUUUUCCGAAUCCGUAUCGAAACACGGCCUUGGAAAUCUGGAGGAGGUGGUGCAGCAGCCCUAGCGCUGUGUGUUUUUUGUUGUGUUAAUACAAACCUCAGCAAGCUGUAACGAGAAAUAUAUAUAUAUAUAUAUCGAUCAAUUCCGAUUCUUUUUUCCAA